GAGCGCCCACAGCAUGCAGCCCUGCCGGAGAGCGCUGCUGGUGCUGGGGGUGGCCGUGGCUGUGGCCAUGGCCGUGGCCCUGCCCGCGCCCCUGGCCCCAGCCCCAGCCCCAGCCCCGAGCAGCUACCAGGAGGCUCUGGCCGCGGCCGUCAACACCUACAACCAGGAGUCGGGCCUGCCCCAGGCCUACCGCCUGCUGGAGGCUGAGCCCCAGCCCCAAUGGGACCUGUCCUCCCAGCCCGCGCAGCCGCUGAAGUUUUCCAUCAAGGAGACGGAGUGCCUGGUGUCGGAGAAACGCGACGUCAGCCAGUGUCCGUUCAAGGACAAGGGGCUGGUCAAAGACUGCACCGGGAUCUACUCUGCGGAGAAGAAGCCCUCCGUCGUCACGGCCAAGUGCGAGGAUGCGGGUCAGGGGAUCAUCCACGUCAGGUCAAGAAGGAGAUUCUGCAAGGGACGGCCAAAGCCUUGUUCCUGGCUCGGCCACAUGACCUCCCUCUCAUUACCUGCACACAAAGGACCCGUGGAGUAGAGGGGAGAGGCCGGGCAUCCCCCACCAGCUUCUGCCGCUCGCGCUUCCCUGCCGCCUGCUCCUCCCUGCUGCUUCGUGGCUUGUAGGUGACUCUGAUGCCACAAGGACACUGGAAGGGCCCCGUGGACCAUGCUGGUCUGGGGUCACAUCCUGUCUCCACCAGUGGCCGGCACCACCUCUUCUCCCAGAAAGCAGAAGGGGGAGAAGGAGCAAACGUGGCCUCGUUUCCCACCUCUGCUUCCUGGCACCUGGCUGCGCGCGUUCCUACCCCAGGGCUUGGUGCAGCGCCGGGUGGUUCGGGGGGAGCUCGGCAAAGGGCUGGUGGAUGCAGUUGCUUAGAGAGAAACUGGCCCCCGUGGCCCAUGGCCAACAGCACAGGGUGCCGUGCCCGGGCACGGAUGGGGAAGAGGUGGCGCAUGGCACUGUGCAGAGGAAACCACAGUGCCCGCUGGGGUGGAGGUGCCAGUGUCACAGAUGUCACAUCUCCCCGAGUGUUUAGUCCCUUCCCCAGCCCCAUCCCAGCCUGGACGGGACCUGCUGGGGCUGGCGAGGGCCCGUUCUCCCUGCGCUUGUGGCUGCCUCCACUUCCCCCCGCACCAGCCAUUGCAACCUGCUGCGGUGCCGCUGCAUGGGCGUGCGCAUGUGAACCCUGCCCUCACCUGCGUGUGGCCAGCCGUGAGCGCCCCUGAGCCCACGUGUUGUGUCCUUGUCUCAGUAGCCCCUGGGCAGAGUCACCCCUGCCUGAAUAAAGCAUG